GGCCAGUACAAGGAGGGAAAGGGAGGGGUCGAGUAGGAGAGCGGCGGGGUGUCGACGACGGUACGUAAGAACGAGUCUCUACACUGUUGCAUCAGAACGCGUUCGACGAGAGAAGUGCGCCAGAGCAUGGGAGAAGCUACCGGAUACUAGGGCAUGUCAGAGCCAGACGUCAACGCCGAGGACAAGAGACGACACCGACCCCAUGGCUGUCAAAGACUAUCUCAACGAGUCUGCAGACAGAGCGAAUACUCGAAUCUUAGCAAGCUGCACACGGCCGUCGCAAAUCAAGGUGCUUGCUGAAUGAGGAAGUCGGGCACGCAUUGACCGCCAUCCCGCCAUCCCGCCAUCCCGCUUUCCCCGUGCCGAGGCUCGUUGCUCGCUCGCCUACCUGCCUACCUGCCUGUCAUCGAGCAUCAAUCACAAUAUUUUGCCCUUUCCACAUCAUCACUUGAUCUAGGACCACAAUCAUGUCGAGUGACAGACUGUUGGCCACCUUGCUCAGAUACCUGCAGUCUUCUCCUGGACAGCAAGAUGCCAGCCGACUACUUGGUACAGCUGCAUCUUUGCUGACCUCGCUGAAUAACCCCUUGAACAUCACCUUGUUGACCAGCCAACUGUUGUCGGCUCCAGCCUUGUGGGCCCGUCCGAAUGCUUUGCCUUCUUCAUUAUCUUUCAUGAGCCUGUUCCACUCCACCGCCAUCAAAUGCCAUGAACGCCAGCUUGCUCAUUCACUUGCCCAAGAAGCUCUUGUACCAUCUCUUCCACAUCUCGAGGCCCACAUUCCUCUACAAGAAUGGGUAAGGGCUGUCAUCAAGGGCGCUGACGACCAUUCCUCUCCCGACCACCACCUGCUCGCUAUUGGAGGCUUGCUUGUUGGUCUGGCCUCCCGCGACCCUGACUUCGUGUCGACCAGUCUCUCCUUGGACUUGCGAGACUUUUUCGUCAAGGCCGUCAAUCUCGCUCUGUCGGAAACCCCAUCUGGGGACCAUCUUGCUCACGCGUCGAUUUGUCUGGCUCUCAACCAUGCUUUUACCCACCUGUCUGAUUCGGAUCGCUCAUUUCUCGACUACGACCGUCUCCUACCCGUAUUGAUGGCUUCAACUUUCCAUUCUUCUGACGGCUUACGCUCGGGCUAUUUUCUGGGCGCAGCAGACGCCGACCUCCAGCAGGUGUCGAUUCAACAGUUUAACUGGGCUUCGGACUCCCCAUCGUACCAACAGAUCCAGUCUAUCUUGAAAAGCCCGCUGAUUUCGUCUCUUGGACCUCUGUCAAGGCUGAUUGCACAUGCCAUAGAUUGUGUUCGCGAUCCUUGGCUUGUACUAUCUGCUGUUGAGGACUUGUCUGACUUCUCUAGGCGUUUGGGGACGCAGUGGAGGCAGAACAAAUUGUCCGAGAUCGACGCUUCAGAGGAGGCCAUAUUUAUCCAUCCAGAUGCUCGGAAAAAUACCGUUCCAGACUUGUGGAGGCUUCUGCGCUCUACUUUGUUUGCCAUUGUUAUCAUCCUUCGCAGCGCCAUCGGCCGUGUGAUAGGCGAUGUGUCCCUGGCUGCUCGUAAAAGUAAGACACGUGGGUCUUGCUGUUCGUCCAAAGCUGACUCUGUAGAUGCACCUGAUAUAGCCCAGGCUACUCUGCACUCCCUCCGUAGCCUCUCGUUCGUCUUUGGCCGCUUGGGCAACGUCUCGUUCUCACAAUAUACCUUUACUUAUCUCACCUCCAUCGACAUUCUCGCGAACUACCCAGAUGCCUCUUCUAGCUUCCUCGAUUCCAUAGCCCCUUCUGAACCCGGUCAAAUUCCAUCCCACCCGCUCGAACGCAACCUCGACCUCUUCUUUCUCAACACGGCCGAGCACUUUGCUUUAGUGCUUUCUCCUCGUCAGAACGAGGACCUACUGCUUGCAGCAUCAUCCCCCUAUCUCACCACCGCUGGAAAUCCCAACCUCCUUCCAAUCUUCGAAGCAGCCCACAGCGUCACCCUGUCAGUAUUCUCCGCACCUCAGAAUGUCGACCUCACGUCGAGGCAUCUGCCAUUUUACGUUGAUGCCUUGUUCCGUGUAUUUCCUCACAACCUUUCCGCUCGCCAAUUCAGACUUGCUUUCAAGAAUCUCAUAAAGGUUGUCUCACCGCCAAGUCGAAUUGCCGUUACCCAACCUAUGCUCGCUGCAACCCUUCUCGAUCUCGUCCACGAACGUGCAUUGCAUGCUCCGGCCGCUCCUUUGCCGCCCAGCUACCUCCCUAUGCCAACAGCAGCCCCGGAGCUUGAAGAUGCUACCCCUUCCGCCACACCAGAUCUGUCUGAGCAAUCGGUACUGGUUCUUACCUUGGUUGAUGCUUUCCCGUGCCUCUCUUUGGCACUUUUGGAAGAAUGGUUACCGCUGACCGCUUCGGCGACGCAUAUGGUCACAGACCCGGCCAUGCGCGAACACUGCCAGAAGCAUUUCUGGGAAGUGCUGGUUGGUGGUGAGAUGGAUCCUGAGCGUAGUCAGAUAUGUGUGCGCUGGUGGACCUCUAGAGGCGGGCGAGAAUCAUUGCUCCCGGUCGAAAAUCCAGUAGAGCGAGAGUUCGUCAUGAGUGGAGGAUUGGGUGGGCAAGAGAAGGUCAUGGCCAAGUUAUGA